AUGAACUAUCAAGCAGAGGAAAUAUUCGCUCAGGAGUACCCUUAGCAACCUUAGUAGCCUUAGUAACCUUAACAACCUUAGUAACAAAGGAAAAUUUUCAAAGCUGCGAAAAAACCUUCAGCAUAAGAAACUAGUUAGAAAAAUAUUAAUUAAACGCCAAGUCCAUUGUAACUUGACAAAGUGCAGCAAUCUUUAGAGGAAAAAGUUAAGGGGAAUUAAUUUUUCUCAUAAAAAAAUUAUUAAAAAGCUAUCGAAUGUUAUACCAAAGCCAUUAAUUUACAUGGUACUGAUUCCAUUUACUACUCGAAUAGAGCUGUUGUCUAUAAAUAAAUAAAUAAAUUAUAAGAGGCCAAAAAAGAUGCAGAAUAAGCUAUAAAAAUUGAUUAAACAAAUGCAAGGGCAUACUUCAUUUAUGGAACAGUUAUUUUACUUGAAGUAUAAAUGAGUCCAGAAAUUAGUGAAUAACUAAUUAAAUAGGCUCAUAAAGGUCUGUAAUAUUUAGACUAGGCAUAUGAGAAUAUUAAAGAUAACAAUGAUUAAUAAAAGAAUAAACUGAAAGUUUUAAUUAAUCAAAAUCUAGGAAAAGGAAGAAGAAUGGUUUUUUUGAUAGCUCAAGAAAUGGAUAGAAUCAGUAUGAAAAUUAUAUAGUUUGUAGAUGUCUAAUCUUUAAAAAGUAUCCUUGCUGAAAUUGCAGAAAGAAGAAAGGUGAAGUUAGAUUGGAAUUAUCUCGAAAGGCAAACCUAAAAAAAGAUGCUCUAAGAUAUACCAAUACCUUAGGCUUUUAUAUGUAUUAUAUCAUUUGAAAUAAUGAAUGAACCCAUUCUAUUUAACACUGGUCAAACAUAUGAAAAAGAUAGCAUCUAUAAAUAGUUUACUUCAAAUGGUUGCGCAGAUCCUAUUACAAGAGAAUAAAUUAAUCCAUAAACUGCAAGGCAUAACUUGUAGUUACUGCAAGGAAUAAAUUAAUUAAAAUAAAAAUAUGGAUGGAUUGGAAUAGAAUAAGAGGAGAAUUACAAACUAAUAAAAUUUGAAUGA